AUGAACUCAAUAUUCGGGGACUCAAAAACAAAAACAAAAAAAAAGUUUCAUCACUCACUCUCUUCCCCUCUCUCUCUCUCUCUCUUUCUCUCUCAAAGCCCUAAUUUCUCUUCUCUACUGAUUCAUAUAUCUCAUCUCAACGAGUUCGAUGUCUGGAUCGAUCCGCCGCCUCAUCUCUCCUUGAUUCUCCGAUUUCCCGGCGAAUCUCCGGUAGCGUUUCCGAUCAGGUUGGAAGCUGCCGUGCUGGAUCUGGUUGCAGAUGACAGUGGUGGCAUGCAGAAACAAAAAUCUAGAUUCCACUGGGAUAAGAGGAGUAAGAAAUACAUCAAGUUAAACAAUGGGGACCGUGUGACAGCUAGUGGAAAGUCUACUGAGUGUUAAAGAUGUUCGAAUUGUUAAAGAUUUGUUGAGUUUGCAGCUUCAAACUUCUUCCUAUGACGGGAUAGUGUGGAGUUUUCUAUUGGGGUUCACUAUGGGCAGGUUCUAUUAUUAUUAUUAAAUUAUAAUAAUAAUGAGCCUUUCCUUUUGAUUGUUAAGUGUUCUCAACUUGAAACGUCAUGUAAAUGAUAUAAGCAUUAUUAUCAUGUAAUUAAAAUAAA